AAAGGGACCGGUUGGGAGGGACGCUUACUGCAAGUGGACAAAUGGACAAGAGAGGUAGAAAGACCAAAUAGGAACAAAUACAAAGAGACUAACUCCACUCCUCCUCUCUCUCUCGGGCCCCAUGCUGACCUCACUACCAUUGUAACCGAGCUUUGAAUCCUUUCUUCCACCAGCACUUCUACCUUCUCUUUACUCUCAUCCCUCUUGUGUGUUGCAGGUUUACCUCCACCCCAGAAAGAUGACUGUCUCCAGCCUGUGGUAUCCAGAAUGCGGGGUGGCCCGGCCUAGUCCAGUUACUGGCAGCUCCAACGAGCCAUGCGUUAGGCAGUGCCCUGACUCUGAAGUGGUGAUCAGACCCUCACCUGUUGUUGUGACCCUCCCUGGACCAAUUGUCAGCAAUUUCCCUCAGCAGAGUGAAGUAGCAGCCGUAGGAGCACCUGUGGUGGGAGCCGGUUUGGGGGGCUCAUUUGGUUGGGGGGGAUUGCGUGGCCAUGGAGGCCUUUACGGAGGGUUGUAUGGUUUAGGGAGGUUAGGUGGUUAUAGUGGCCAUUAUGGUUAUGGGGGAUUAUUGGGCCAUGGGGGAUACUGUGGUUACCCAGGUCUUUACGGUUAUGGGGGAUUAUUGGGUUAUGGGGGACACUGCGGUUACCCGGGCCUUUAUGGUUCCGGGGGAUUAUGGGGGUACGGGGGAUAUGGCCGUAGGUCUCUUGGUGGAUAUUGUGGGCCAUGUUAA